AUGAAUGUGUUUAACAUGGUUGUGGAAGUACCUCGGUGGACAAAUGCUAAAAUGGAGAUUGCCACGAAGGAACCAUUGAAUCCCAUUAAACAAGAUGUGAAGGAUGGCAAGCUUCGCUAUGUGGCAAAUAUCUUUCCUCACAAGGGUUAUAUAUGGAAUUAUGGUGCCCUCCCUCAGACUUGGGAAGAUCCCCAUCGAAAAGAUAAGAGCACAGACUGCUGUGGAGAUAAUGAUCCUAUUGAUGUUUGUGAAAUAGGCUCAAAGGUUCUUUCUCGUGGAGAAGUUGUUCAUGUGAAGAUCCUUGGAGUUUUGGCUCUUAUUGAUCAGGGUGAAACAGAUUGGAAGUUAAUUGCUAUCAAUGUGAAUGAUCCUGAAGCCUCAAAGUUUCAUGAUAUUGAAGAUUAA